AUGUCAAGACAAAUACGGAGAAUUCAACAUCUUCCCCGUUUCACCUUUACAUCAACAAAUUUCAUAUCUCGUCCAAUCCCAUUGACUCAAAUAUCACCAGCAUCCAUAGCACUUAUAAGAGGAUUCCAUAAUUCCCGUACAUUAUGGAACAAUUUACCACAAUUUGGCCCUGAACCUAAACCUUCAAAGUUCAAAAUCACCAAAGAUAAAUUAUUAGCACAAGCUUCAGGUCCCUUAUCAAGAUUAUUGAUCCAUAUCAAAUGGCCAUUGAAGAGAAGUAAUAAGCCAUUUUCAAUUGAUGAUGUCUCCACAUUUUUCUCUUGGUUGGUCAUGGGGAAUGUAUUAUGGAUAGUUUUAGGUACUACUACCUUUGGAUUGGUCACUAUGUAUUCUUUGCAUACAUUUGAAAGUGCUGGAGACGUGAUCCACGGAUUCUUCAAUGAUGAUGAUUCCGAAACUCCAGAAAAGAAGAAAUCGAGAGAUGACGGGGUUGCAGCUUAUUUAACAAGUUCCAUAUUAUCUUACGGUUUAGGAGUCAAGAUUAAUUUCUUUAAGGGAAAUGUUUUACCUGAAUUUAACGAUGGGAAGUUGAUUUUUAAGAAUUUGGAAAUAAUCUCCUUAACCAAUGAAACCGGUAUGAAAUUCGAUUGUAAGGUCAGAUCCUUAAGUCUUUCAUUAUCGUUCGGUAAAUGGUACGAUGGUAAUGGUUUAAUCGAUAAUCUUGAAAUUUUCGGCUUAACAGGGAAAUUUUUCAAUUCCACCACCCCACAAAUCAUCCCAUCAGAAGACACUCCAAUGGUUUUCAGAAGAUAUCAUGAUAGUAUACACUUCCAAUAUGAUAUGAAUGAUCAAGCUGAUAUAAUUGAAGCACCAAAAAGAAGUUCCAGAAUCGAUUCCAAUUAUGAAAUGAAUUCGGUUAAAAUCCAUGAUUCCUCUAUUGAAAUUUAUGAUUCUGAUAAUUCCAAGCCUUUGAAAAUAUCAAUUUUCAAUUGUGAUAUUCCGAAAUUAACGGGUAAAACUUUAUUAAUUGAUUUCUUCAAUGCUAAAGAUGCCGCAGGAUCCAUCAAUGAUUCAAUGUUCACCAUCCAUAAAAAGCAAGAUCCAAAUACUCCCAUGGAAGAUGAAAUUAUUCGAUUCAAAAUUGACGGUAUUGAUAUUGGGAAAUUAACAUCCAUCAAUGCCAAAUCAAGAUUCAACUGGAUCUUCAAUGGUAAAGCCGAAGUUACAGCUGAUAUCAAAUUCCCUAACAAAUUCAAAGAAAAUUCCCUUUUCAAUUUUGAUGAACAAUACAAGAAGAUCACAGGAUUGAUAGGUAAUUUGAUUAAAGAUAUCGGUGAUGUCAAUGAGACAAAGAACCCCGAAACAGACAAUAAUGAUGAUACGAAAUUAAUGAAAGGUGCUUUGCACGCCAUCUACGAAACAUUUAAAAAUAACGACAAUGAUGAUUAUCAUAAUGAACAAAAAGAUUUGAACGAAUACGUUCUAGUCAAUGCCACUAUUAGAUUUAACAACUUGAAAGCUUCUUUACCUAAAGAAUUACCUUUAGCUCAAUCAAGUAACGUUCCUUUCAUCACUUUACAUGAUUUGAGAGCACUUAUUGCAUACAUUAACAAACUCGAGGAUAACAUUUCCCCUAUUGUUGUCAAAACCACUGUGAUUGAAAAACUUUCCAACCUUUACAACUUUGAAAAGUUAACUGAUACUAAGAUCUUCGAUGUCAUUGUAAGUGACAUUUACGAUGAGUUCUUGAAAAUGGUUAAACUCGAUGAGAAGAGAAUCAUUGAAGAGAAAUCAAGUUUAUGGUCUCAUUCAAUUGCCAGUCAAUUGUUGUUAUUAGGUUUAGGAGUUAUAGUUUAA